AUGUCGCUCAAGGAACUCGUCGGUAUGAAAGGCGGAGACUUCUUUCACCACUUAUUGAUCCAUCACAACGUUGAACAUGUUUUCGGUUAUCCAGGGGGUGCUGUGCUUACACUACUCGACGGAAUCUUGGGAAGCGACAAGGUCCAGUUUAUCCUUGCUCGUCAUGAACAAGGCGCAGGACAUAUGGCAGAUGGCUACGCCCAAGCCACCGGACGCCCAGGAGUAGUGCUUGUGACAUCUGGUCCGGGGACGUCCAAUUUAGUAACCGCUAUGUUGGAUGCAUUGGUUGACGGGAAUCCAAUGGUGGUCAUCUGUGGGCAGGUUGCGGUCGGUGUGCUAGGCACUGGUGCAUUCCAGGAGAUCGAUGUUCCAGCGCUCGCCAAGCCAUGCACGGAAUGGUUUACCGUUGUGCAGAAGAUCGAAGAUCUUCCUUCUUCAUUAGAGAUGGCGUUCCAGCAGGCCAUGGGAGGACGGCCUGGACCGGUUCUUGUUGCCAUUCCGAUCGAUGUUAGCUCUACUAUUUUUGACAAUGCAGCAUUUGAGAAGGCGUCGAAAGAUAUCUCGCGGAUACGAGCAAGUGCAAACAAAGUGGCACAGCAGCCUAGUCACUCUACGCUGCUGCAAGGUACCAUUCAGCGGGUAGCCAACCUGAUCAACACCGCUGAACAGCCAGUGAUUAUUUCUGGUCAUGGAGUAUUGAAUUGCCCGAGAGGUUCUUCGCUUCUUUCAGAAAUUUCGGAGUCGGCAAACAUUCCUGUUGCUACUACUCUCUUGGGCCUGGGAAGCUUCAAUGAGACUAAGCCUGAAGCCCUCCACAUGGUUGGAACGCACGGAGCAGUAUACGCCAAUUAUGCGGUGCAGAAUGCAGACCUUAUCAUAGCCUUGGGAGCUCGACUAGAUGAGCGCGUGGUAAGCGACCCAGAAUCGUUUGCACCGAAGGCUAUCGAGGCCGAACGGAGCAGUCGGGGUGGAAUUAUCCAAUUUGAUAUCGAGCCCGACAACGUCAACAAGGUUGUUCGAGUAACAGAAGCCGUGAUUGGUGACUUAAGUGAUACCCUGCCGCUGUUGAUCUCAAAUUUACAGAAGGGGAACAAGCACCGUGCAUGGAUCGAACAAAUUCAAGCAUGGAAGAAGCAGUAUCCCUUCCCACCCAGGUCACCAGACUUAAUGACGAAGGUUCUGCCUUCCCACAUUCCGAUAGAAAUCGAUCGACAGGCCAAAUUGUCAUCAACACGAACAAUAGUGAGCACUGGAGCGGGCCAGCACCAGAUGUGGGCAGCGCGCUGCUAUCGCUGGCGAUCUCCAAAGACAUUUAUAACCUCGGGUGGCCUGGGUACAAUGGGAUUCGGGGUCCCCGCAGCUAUUGGUGCGCAGCUAGGAUGCCCAGAUUCUCAAGUAAUCAAUAUAGAUGGAGAUGGGUCGUUCUGCAUGACAAUGCAGGAGCUCUUAACCGCCUCACAGUACAAUGUGAAGAUAAAGGUCAUUAUUUUCAACAAUGGGGAACAGAAAAUGAUGACCCAGUAUCAGCAAACUUAUUUUAACGGUCGAGUGGCAUUUUCACAUCUGAAAAAUCCAGACUUUGUGACCCUAGCAGAGAGUUUCGGUUGUGAGGCGCGUCGAUGUCAUCUUCUUGAAGAGCUGGAGAGUAGCAUCCAGUGGCUUUUAGAGGCCGACGGUCCAGCAAUCCUGGACAUUAAUCUGGAGGGCGAACCUUCACUUCUUCCUAUUGUACGCGUUGGGGCGUCCUUGGAUACAUUCAUAACGGAGGAGAUUUGCUAG